AUGGAAACGUCCUCGGCCAUUCCUCCUCCUCCUCCUCGUGUUGGAUGGUGGUCACGACCAAUAGUGACCGUGCCGUUAAGUAAUGAUCGUGAACCCACUUGCAAGGAAACUACUGUUUGCCUUACACCCUGUUGCGCCGGCCUUUUCACCAUCGUCGCUGUAUAUUUAUUGAUCUUUCACGUCGUCAAUAAUGCUCACUGCCACGCCAAAUUCUCCAUCCAAUCCAUCGCCGUCUCUCCCUCCUCCGCCACGUGGCACGUGGAUUUCCUCGUCAAAAACCCUAGCUCCAGGUACUCUAUCUACUACGGACCCGAUGAAACUGCCGUGAGUCUUGGUCCCGUAAACGCUGCCGUUUUAGAUACUUUUCACGAACGUAAGUCUCGAAGUCACACGGCUUUCUCAGUGGAUUUCAUUGCCGAGGGUAACCCUAACGGCGUCGUUUUCAAAGAAUUAUAUGUCAAAUUAAAGACGAAACAUAAGAUUUACGGAAAUGUCUUUGGUUAUGCUGGACAUAUUGAUAUAAGGUGUCAAAAUCUAACCCGAAGCUAUGAGAACGUUGAGAAGAUUCAUUGCUACUCUUCUUACACAGAUAUGAAGGCUUUGACUGGAAAUUCUGUCUCCGUCUCAAACGCAAACGUUUCAACCGCUGAUUGGACGAUCGGUUUCGUUGCGAAGAGUCCAAAUACCGGCUGUAAAAUCUCUCUACAUCCACUCAAUGCGCGUUUACUCCGAGGCGGUGAAGUUAUCUCCAAAUCAGCAUCUUACUCGUCUGAUUAUUUCGUAUCCGGCCGAGACAAACCAGAUGUCCUUUUCGAGAAGGUGGUUAAGCCGGAAGUUAUUGGCGACGUUAUUUGGCAUCUUCGAGUUGAGGUUUUGUUUGCAAUGGACACCGAUGUUUCAUGUUUUAACGGUUUUUUAAUCGCCGUUUGUCCCGAUAUUGCGGUGAAGUUCACGACGGAUCCGGCAGGGAAGGGGAUGGGAUCGUUGCUUGGACAUAUGAGAUGGUGCGACUAUGAAUUCCGGGAAAAAUUGGAUUCCUCCCAUUCGAUUUUUAGUUCUUGA